AUGUUCCAACUUGAGUCCCUCCCAGCGGAACUUUUCCGCGAUCUUUAUCCAUUUCAGAGAUAUCCUCGGUACUUAAGCGAUUUAGGUACCGGGGGCAAUUCGAUUGCAAAAUCCGUAUUUUUCCCAGAUGCCCCAUUGAAUUUGACCCCGGACAUGUAAAACUUUCAGCCCAUUAUCUCAACUCUGUAAAGACUUCUAAAUUUUGGCAGCUCAAUUACGAAAACUUUCUUGAGAAUAUAUAAUAAAUAAUUAAACUGAAAGAUAUUAACUUACAAAAUUUAUUCUUUCGGAUAUACAUAUUAGUUAUAAAUAUUUUAAAUAUUUUAUCACAAAUUUGUACAAAUUAUCACUCAUUUCCAUCAAUUUUUAACAUUCUUUUUUUCUUCAUUGCUUUUCUUAUUAUGUUUUGUAUUUUUUGGAGGAUUUCGCUUUUUACAUUUACAUUUCUUUUUUCCUUUUUUAGGUUUUUUCGUAGUUUUUUCCGAUUUUUUUGUGGUCCCAAUAAUUUUAGUUGUUAUUUUUUCAAUAAAUGAAGUUGGCUUUGGUGGCUUAACCGUUGUUGGUGGUUUGGUUGUUUUCGUUGUUUUUGCUAUAGGUGUAGAGGUUAAUUGUUCUGUUGUCUGAUGUUUCUUAUGUUUUUUGUCUUUCUUUGGUUUUUUGGUUUUGGACGUUUUGGACUUUUUGGGCUUUUUUGUUGUUGUUUUGGUUAAUAGUUUGGUUGUUAUUAUAGUUGUGAGUUUCUUUUGAGGUUCUGUCGGUCUUUUUGUUGUAAUCAUUGUUGUGGUCUCUUCUGGAAUUUCAUUUGUAGUGGUUUCUAUCAGUUCUGUCGUCGUUCCCUCUUCGGGAGUUAACGAUGUCAUAGUUGUUUCUUCUAAAGGUUCUUCAGUUGUGGUGGACUCCUUAAUUGAUUCUGUUGUUGUAGCUUCUUCCGUCGUCAUAGAUUCUGUCGUAAAU